AAUAAAUAGAUAAAUUUUUUUUAAAAAACUAGCAUGAAAAUCGAGACUGCGUAACAUUUCGGCAAAUAUGCUAAGGGGCGAGUUAGGACGGGCCCGGCGCGCGCCCCCUGCUGGUCAGCAAGCCCUUCGUAGAAGCCCCCAAGCCCCUUCCACAUCACUCCGGAUUGGCUGCGAGUAACCUUCAGUGCCCUCUGGGAAACGUAGUCCGCAGAGGAGGCGGAGGCACAUCCAUUUUCCUGCCUUCGCGCCUACGAGAACCGGAAGAACGUCACCACAUUGCCUAGGGUCAUCUGCAGUGAGCGGAUAAGCCUUGCGGGACAGGAAGAGAUGCUUUUUAUUUACAUUUCAUCGCAUGUGCUCCACGGCACUCUGGGAAAUGUAGUCCUUUUCCCACUUCAUGUCUUCCUGUGGAUUCUGCGUUAAUAUUAAUGAUAUGACAGAAAGUACGUUAUCACCUGGAAGAAUUGCUCAGAGCCCAUCAAAACAUGGCUUUACAUGAUGGGAACUGUAGUUUUUCAACGGUACCUCCGGCCACGAUGCACCUCGCCCAGAAUUCUCGGAGUCAGAGCACGGACUUCUUCCCGUCUUUAGUCUCUGUCAGUGACAGUAACCGGUAAUACGUCAUCAAAUACUCAGGGCCACAUACUUUAUAGAUUUGCAUGAUAAGAAUUGAAAACUGAGAAGCUUUCUGAAAAACGUCCUUUUGGGAAAGGAGCGAGAACGUGCUUCCUGCAAUCUCAGCCUUAGAUUCAAUACCUGGAAGUGCGUCACAUUUCCCAGGGUCGCACUAACCAUUGGCUUUGCUUGGCGGAAAUUGCCGCCCUUCCAAUGGUUCUUUCCAACUGCCAUAUUGCUUGUCCACCUCGCCCUAUCCCUUUCGGGAAAUGUAGUUUUUUUGCUUUUCUGAUUUCAGUGUCAUCCAGCGGGUGAUUGCUUAUAAGACUCCAUUUCCCAGCAUACCUAUGCAUAUUCCGUCCUAACCUCUUCUCAGCGGCCAUUUUAUUCCUCUCCGAGACCAGCUGAGAUGACAGCCGGGGAGAAGGUGAAGGUUGUCUCUGGGGAUCCGCGACCCGGCUAGAUCCGUCAGCAAGACUUCCAGCAUGGAUCUACACACAGCGGUGUACAAUGCGGCGCACGACGGCAAGCUGCUGCUGCUUCAGAAGCUGCUGGCCGGCCGCGGGCGUGAGGAGAUAGAGGAGCUGCUGGGUGAGGUGGCCGGCGGUGGCACACCACUGCUAAUCGCGGCGCGCCGUGGACACCUGGACGUGGUGGAGUACCUGGUGGACCACUGCGGCGCCAGUGUGGAGGCGAGCGGCUCCGUACACUUCGAUGGCGAGACUAUCGAGGGCGCGCCGCCGCUAUGGGCAGCGUCAGCAGCGGGUCACUUAGCUGUGGUGCGUAGCCUUCUGCGCCGAGGCGCCUCGGUCAACCGCACUACGCGCACCAACUCUACGCCGCUACGCGCCGCGUGCUUUGACGGCCACCUGGACGUGGUGCGCUACCUGGUGGGCGAGCACAAGGCGGACCUAGAGGUAGCCAACCGCCACGGCCACACGUGUCUUAUGAUAUCCUGCUACAAGGGCCACCGCGAGAUUGCACGCUACCUCCUGGAACGGGGCGCGCAGGUGAACCGUCGUAGCGCCAAGGGCAACACCGCCCUUCACGACUGUGCGGAAUCUGGCAGCCUGGAGAUUCUGCAGCUGCUGCUGGGCUGUCACGCGCGUAUGGAGCGCGACGGCUAUGGCAUGACCCCGCUACUGGCCGCCAGCGUCACCGGGCACACCAACAUCGUGGAGUACCUCAUCCAGGAACAGCCCGGCCACGGGCAGCUCUCAGGGACAGAGCUUCCCGGAGAAGGCUCCUCCCAGAUGGCAGGAAACCGCUGUUCCACCCCAGAGGAAGCAGAACCGUAUGAGAGCUGCUGCCCUACCAGCCGGGAAGCGGCUGUGGAAGCUUUGGAGCUGCUAGGUGCUACCUAUGUCGAUAAGAAAAGGGAUCUGCUUGGAGCCCUGAAGCAUUGGAGACGGGCAAUGGAACUCCGCCACCAGGGUGGGGACUACCUUCCUAAGCCUGAACCCCAGCAACUGGUUCUAGCCUAUGACUAUUCCAGGGAGGUGACCACGCCCCAAGAGUUGGAAGCCCUCAUCACAGAUCCUGAUGAGAUGCGGAUGCAGGCACUGCUGAUACGGGAGAGGAUCCUGGGCCCCUCGCAUCCUGACACUUCAUAUUACAUAAGAUACCGGGGUGCUGUCUAUGCAGACUCUGGAAAUUUCGAGCGCUGUAUCCGUCUGUGGAAGUAUGCCUUGGACAUGCAACAGAACAACCUGGAGCCCCUGAGCCCCAUGACCGCCAGCAGCUUCCUGUCGUUUGCAGAGCUCUUCUCCUACGUGCUGCAGGACCGCUCAGCCAAGGGCAACCUAGGCAUGCAGCUUGGCUUUGCUGACCUCAUGGGUGUGCUCAGCAAAGGGGUUCGGGAAGUGGAGCGGGCUCUGCAGCUGCCCAAGGAACCGGGUGACUCUGCACAGUUCACCAAAGCCAUUGCCAUCAUCCUCCACCUUCUGUAUCUGCUGGAGAAGGUGGAGUGCACCCCCAGCCAGGAACACCUCAAGCACCAGACAGUCUACCGUCUGCUCAAGUGUGCCCCUCGCGGUAAGAACGGCUUCACCCCACUGCACAUGGCAGUGGACAAGGAGACCACCAACGUGGGCCGGUACCGUGUGGGCAUCUUCCCGUCGCUGCAGGUGGUGAAGGUACUGUUGGACUGCGGAGCAGACCCUGACAGCAGGGACUUCGACAACAACACACCACUGCAUGUUGCUGCCCAGAACAAUUGCCCUGCCAUCAUGGAUGCCCUCAUCGAAGCUGGAGCCCACAUGGAUGCCACCAAUGCCUUCAAGAAGACUGCCUACGAGCUGCUGGACUCGAAGCUGUUAGCCAAGAGCACCAUGCAGCCCUUCAAUUAUGUGACACUCCAGUGCCUAGCUGCUCGUGCCCUGGACAGGAACAAGGUCCCUUAUAAGGGCUUUAUCCCAGAGGAGCUGGAGGCCUUCAUUCAGUUACACUGAGCCUGGCCCAGCCACUGGUGCCCACUUAGGCCUUACUUCUCCAAGCAGAAGCAUCCACUCCCCUUGGCCUGUUGGAGGGAGCCCAGCUGUUGAUUCUAGAAGCCUCCAGGGUCACAUGGUAGGAAGAUGGUCUUUCUUUGUGGAAAUGGAAAAAAAAAAAAAAAAAAAAAAAUGGUGCCCGAGCCUCCCCAGUGGCAUGCAUUUGGGUCUGGGUCUGGAGGCCUCUGCACUGUCACUCAACCCCCAGCCAGCUUGUCCUAGGGUCCUGCAGUAAGCAAACACUGGCUCCUUUCUGCCGUGGGCACCUGCCACCUAGAUGUUUGCAGUUGGUUUGUCCUUUAUUAAGCAGAUGGACAACAGCCUGGAGCCUACAAUGUGAGGGUUUUGCUCUAUCUUUUUCACUGGUUUCUGUUUGUUGGACUUAGUAAUAACUUAGUUGGGAGUUGCCAGUAUGUUGCAAUGGCCACAACUGAGAGCAGCAUGUGUGUGAAUGUAGACCUGUGACCAAGGUCCUGGGAAGCCUCCUCAUUCUGUGCUGGUUAGAGGACUGUCCCCCAAGAAGGGUCAGAGGCAGUGGCAAGAGCCACAGCCAGGCAGACACCAGUACCUCCUGUCCUGCUCUCUGGAUGGACAGACACAGUUCCCAACCUUGAGCUGCAGCUGGAACUGCCUGGCAGAUGCUAUGGCCACCAGGUUCACAUCCAUGCCACACUUGUCCUGUCACCUUCAUCGCUGAGGACCUACCUGACCCCCUCUUGUACUGAGGAGUCCCCAUUAUCUAAUAACUUCAGGGGAUGGGCUUGUGACCAAGAUAGGGGAAGGUGGGGAGCUGCCAGCCAGGGCAGCUUGGCCCACGUGGGGUCCUGAUUGCAGCCCCCACACCAGAAAGUUCCUGAAGAGCUGCCUAUGGCUCCACCAGCUCUAGACCCAUCAUGUGUGGUGAGUGGCUCACCCUGAAUAAGGCCAAGGCAGGAGGUACUCAUCCCCGGCCUGAAGAAGCCAGCUACCAGGGUAGGAAGUCACGUGUAGAGGGGCCAGUCCCUCCCUCAGCCAUUUAAGCGCCAUAAGCUGUCCCUUGAGGACAUCAGCGUGUGAUUGCAGUGCUAGGCAGGUUCUCUGUAUAAACAAGCUUUAGGCCUUACUCAGCAGGCAGGGCCUCACUGCUUCACCCUGCCAAAGCUCAGGGCAAACAGGAAAACCUGUGAGUCUUGGCACUGAUAUUUAUGGAUUAAAACGCAGGUAUGUGACGA